AUGGGCGACCAGCCGCGGGCGGGGGGCAGGAGAGGGGCCAGCCCGCAGCCCCCCAAGGAGCGGCCCGGCCGAGGCCCGGAGCCCCCCGGGCGGCGGCGGGGGGCCCGGCGCAGACCCCUGCGCGCCCUGGGCAGCCUGGUCAGCCGCCUGCUGAAAACUUUGAGCGCCCUGUCGCGCUUGGGCGGGGGCAGCCGGCGGGGGGGCGCGGAGCCGGAGGACGAUGAGGGGGGGUUCCGGUGCCCGCCGGGCCCCCCGCCGGCCGGGCCCCCCGGGGCAGCCCCGCCGGAGGAGCAGGUCGGGGGCGGCAGCGGCUGGCCGGAGGCGCGGCGCUCCUGGAGCCCCCCGGGGGGCGCGGCGGAGGGGCGCCCCCCCGGGGCGCAGGGGCUGAAGAACCACGGCAACACGUGCUUCAUGAACGCUGUGGUGCAGUGCCUGAGCAACACCGAGCUGCUGGCCGAGUUCCUGGGCCUGGAGCAGUACCGUGCCCGCGGCCUGCCCGGAGAGGUCACCCAGCAGCUGGCAGCCCUGGUCCGGGCGCUCUGGACGCUGGACUACACCCCGCAGCUCUCCGUGGAGUUCAAGGGAGUGACACUGAACCACCUGUGUAGUGUGUUGAGAUUCUCUGGGGAACAACUGUGCAUAGGUUGGAGAGAGCGGAGGGCAACGUGUCUAGCCCUGUGGCCUGAUGCCCAUGUGCCCAAGUACCCCAGCUCCUGCCGUAUGUACCAUCUGCCUUUCCUUUGGCACGGGUAUCGGACGAGACUUCAUGGGAGUGCUCUCCGUGGCUGGGGUGUCACCUGGAAGUCUCAGCGCUAAUCAGCGGGAUCAGUGUUGGUAAAGCAC